UAUUUAAAUCGAGGGGCGCGACUAGCUGAUGGUUAUACAAAUAUGAAAUUUUUAUACGUUAUAACAAUGUCAAUUGCCUUGGUAAACGUUCUAGUAGCAGAUAGAUAUUAUCAGGAGGUCGUUAAAACAAACGAACACAUCAAGAUCGUAGGAGUGCAACUGUGGGUAGUAAUAAGAUUCUUAAUUUGCCUUGGAAGAUAUACUUUCGAGGAAAUGGUCAUUAUGUUGACUGUACCCGAGCUUGCAGUCAGAAACUCAUUGAGAGAUAUAAAUUGCCAGAUUGAUAUGAGAACAGAAAUAAAAGGUCUAGUAGGCAUCAGAGCACCUUUAAUAAAUAAAGACAAUUUUGAUUGGAGCGUUGAUCUGUCAUUUUAUGGAAAUAAAAGAAGAGAAAUUACAUUAAGAGCUAUAAAACAUUUAAUUCGGGGCCAACAAAGAGGAGAGAUUGCAGAAUUUAAAAACUUUUCCCACACGUGUUAUUUAAUAGCAUUAUUCAGAAGCGCAAAAUUUCCAGAUUCAUAUGUGACGUCUGUUAAUGUCGAUACGGAUGAAAACUGUUGUAUAGAAACUAUAAAUAUGACCAAAACCGUAUACAAAUCAUUUGGUGGCAUAAUUUGGCAAAUGGGCGAAAAUAAAUCUCCAAAAGAGCCAAUAGCUGAUCAGUUUUAAUAAUUUGGACCAAUUAUUUGAAUAACUUAUUUUAUAGUAUUGUUCUUGUUAUAUUUAAAUGAAUUUUACAUACAGCACAUAUAUCCAAAACGUCAAUAAAUUUAAUGUAACCAAUUAUUAACCAUUUUAAU